CUAGUUACUAUAUUCUAAAUAACUGAAUAGUGUUAAUUAAUCAUUGGGGCAACAUAUGAAUAAAUACAUUUUUUUGCAGUCUUCCUGUUGUACAUUCACUAAUUCCAUUAAACAGGAUAUAACUUGAAAGAUUUGCGUACAAAUGCACUAAGGAUUCAACAGACCCCAUGUUUUACUCACAAGGUGAUCAAAGUUUACUGUGCAUCAGCAGGAGAUUCCUGCUCAGUUGAGGCCUGAUCUGUCGAAUUUUCUUCAGGCUUGCUCUCAGAAUUCACAGGUUCAGCUGCAGCAGAUGUUGCAGAACCGUCAUCACCAGCUCCUUCUUCAUUACUGGCCUUGGCAUCUUCUACUUCAUCUUCUUCCUGAAGAAACAACCGUAACACAGAUAUUAUAAGACUAUUUUAAAUUUAUUGAGAUCGUUAAACAUAUAAACGGCAAAUAUUAUAAUUUAAUUGAAAAUAACUGAAUUAUCAGUAUGUGGGUUAGCUUGUAAAUAUGAAAUAAACCUCACCUUUGGCAGCUGACUUUCAGAUUUCUCUGGUUCCUUAGUGGGUUCUCCUUCUCCAUUAGCUCCUCUGCUCUCAGGUUUCUCCUCUUCCUCGUCUUUAACUUCUUCAUCUUCCUCCUUUUUCCCUCGACCUCUUCCACGACCUAGUAAUGAAGUAUACAAAAUUAAUGAAUAGAUUAAAAAUAACAAAAUCAAAUAAUUGUAAAAUAAGAAAUUAUAAUCCUUCAGUAAGUUAAUCAUAUCGCUUCAGAGUUCUGAUCAACAUGCUCAACCUAAAACUAGGGAUCAUUCAAAUCCUCGGCCUAAAUUUCAUCAUAAGGAUUAAAAGCCAACAUGUUACUAACAUUAUUAAGAUGAUGAUUAAAAUGAACUGGUCAACACAUUUCUAUAUUAUUAUCAAAACAGAAACAGAGACAGCAAAGGUGAAAUUUGCCUAAACCAAUUAAAUAAAUCUGUAUUAAUGGUUAAAAUUUACUAAACUGCUAAAGGGAUGUUUUAACUAAGUUAUACCUUUGGCUGGUGUUUUCUUUUCUCUUUUUACAGGUGGGGGAGUAGGAAGGGAUCCACGCAUAGAUGACCUCGUAGUCCGCCGACCUUCAGUUGCGUUUUCAUCCUUAUUAAAUCCCUAAAAUAUAAAGAAACAGAACCAUACUAAGCAACCUAUAAUAGUGUAUAGCUAAUAUAUUUAUAUUUUAAUAUGGAAAAGUAUCAAGUAAUUUCAGUAAAAUAAAAUUUCAAAGCACCUUUAAAGUAGCUUCUCCUUCCUGAAUAGUUCUAGCUAAACUGGAUCCCCUUUUGCCUGCUUUUCUACCUCUUUUAGCUGGGGUUUCUUCAUUACUGUCCUAUAAAAUAAAAAUAAAAACUGUUUACUAAACUGAAUAGUUAAGAAUGAGAAAUUACAUAAGUUUUCAUAACAUAAAAAAUUAAAAAUAAAAUGGUAAAAUUUAAACUAACUGAAUAUUUCACUAGACAGUUACAAAAUUAAGCGUCCUAUGCUUGUCUAACGGCAUCACGCUUGUUUUCAAAUCCGUAAAAUCAACAAUACAAAAUAAAUUAACCAUCAUAAUUAAAUAUUACACACAAAAAGUACUCUACUAAAUAUAAAAGCAUGAGCGUGAUUCCGACAGAAUAUUCUUAAAAGUAAGUUUGAAAUUGAUUUCGAAGUAUUGGAGGGAAAAGCUUAAACCUAGGGUCAACAUGGCGUCUACAGCUUGGGAUAUUUACAUAAAUAAGCAGUGGAAGACACAAACGAAAAGUAGUUAAUUAAAUUUUAGCAACAACUUCUGAUAAAUUUAGGAAAAUAAUAUAGACAUUAUUUAAAACACAAAGGAUUAAUUUCAGUGGCAAAUAAACGGCAGAAACAUGGUCAUUGUAUGGAGUGGGGGCAAUCUAAGAACGAAGUUAUUGAUAUUACCGAAAUAUUGUCAUUAAAAAUGUUUACCUUGUUAACAUUAUCAACCGAAUUCUCCGUCUUCACUUCUCCGCUGUUUUCCGACAUGUUGAUAGACGCUUGAACAAAGUUCUACACUUGAAAGGUGAAAUAUCACGGAGAGCUACACGACCCGGUCCUUGUUGUUUUACAAGUCUUCAGUUAGCGGUAGCGUCAGUUCACAAUGCGCAUGCGCUUCUGCUAACACUUAUCGGAUUUAUUUAAUAAACAUUAUUAAAAACAAAACAUGAUGAAGUUAUUUUCAAAUAGCUAUUUAAUAUUUUUUUUAUUUUUAAAAGAGCAAGAUUUGAUGAUUUUAUGAAUGUUUUAGUAAAGAAAAAUUUAAAUCGAUUUUAAUCUCGAUAGCUCCCACAGCCUUUUGUAGCAGUUAUCAAUCAAAUUAAAUUUUCGUUCAUGAUUUACGAUUCAUUCAUAUUUGUACUUUGAGUAUUGUUGGUUUCAACAUUAUCAGAUGAAGAAUUCUCCUAUUGUUAUUAAACUCUUUGGUGUUAAUUUAUAAAUUGUUAGAGUUAUACUCAGUUUAUUUACAGUAUAUUUUAUUUUUACUUUUCAUUUAAUAUCUGAACAAUUGUUUGGUGCAUACAUGUUCAUGUUGUUUUUUCUUAAUUUUUCUCAUGGAGGAAGAUACUUCUAAAGUUCCUCAGUCUACAAAUACAAAACAUUAUUACAAAAGGCAACAUUAUAAAUCUGAUUCUGAUCACAUUUUAAGAAAAAGAAUUCCUCCUAGGGACAUUAGAGGCCCUAAUGAUUUUUAUAUAACUAAUAAUUCAAAUUUCAAGGGACAGCUUGCACAGUGUAUUAAAGCCUUGGAUAAAGGAGAAUCUGAAAUUGUAUUAUGUGGUUCAGGUGCUGCCGUGCCCAGGGCAAUAAAUCUUGCUUUACAGCUGGAAGACAAAUAUUCUGGUUCUUACAGUUUGGAUGUUCAUACAAGUACAAUCCAUUUGGUUGAUGACUUGGAAUCAAUCUCCAAUACCCAUGAAUCUAGAAGUCAAACUCGAUGUAAUUCUUGUGUAAAAAUAAGAGUCUAUAAGAUUAAUGAAUGAUGUUUUUCUCUUUGGAAGAACUUGUACAAUGGCUUGGUUUAACUGUUUUCGAACUGUGGAUUAAUCUUUUUUCAAUAUCAAUAUUUAUGGUUCUUCUCACAUUAAGAUGUGAAGGAAUAACUGAUCAGUCAGAAAGUGGUUGGUGGAUAGUGUUUGCCCCUCUUUUUGUCGCUGACGCAUUGAAUGCCUAUUUCUGUGUUAUAGUGUUGAUCAGGAUGUAUCUUGAAGCAUUAUAUAAGGUAGCUUUUUUUCGAGCAUUAUGGUCUUUCUGCUUUUUAACAGCUAUAUUUUCUUUUGAACUACUUCUUUGCAAAAAAUUAAGUGGUGAAACAUCAUUGGAAUAUUCUGAAGUUCUCUCUCCUAUCUUCAUACUCCUUCAGUUAAUGGCCGUAAGGGCUUGUCAACUGCACUGAUAUAAUUAUUAAUGGUUUUAUAUUUGUCCCAAGCUACGUAAAUGCUAUGAAUCGUAUUUCUGAACCAUCUCAAGUUAAAAAUAUUGGCAAAUAUUUACUUGUGAUUGAUUGAAUGAGGAAGGGACAUAAAAAAUUGAAAAAAAGAUUACUUUAAGUGUCUUCUACAUAGUUGUAUAUAUAAAUUUUGUGAUUAGUUAAAGACUUAUUAUCUAUUAUGAAUAUUUAAGUUAUAAGUAUUAUUGAAUUUAUGUGAUCAUUAUUUUAUAUAAUAUAUUUUUAAAAUAUUAAUCUUGUUUUUAUGAUCAUUAUUACUGCCUAUAUUCAC